UUCCCGCCACUUUGUUUUAUGGUCUUCGACUCUCUGGGCAACGGCUAGUCAUGAACCAACGACCCAUAAAAUACUACUAAAACCCAACUCAUUUCUCCUCGUAAAGAAAAACCCGAAUGAAUCCAAAUUUGCUUCCUUUACUUCACUCUUCCGUCAGACUUAACCAAUUCAAGCAAAUCCACUCUCAAAUCAUCGUAAAUUGCGCCGCUCUAACUCGCAUUCUCGUCAGAAAACUCAUUGAUUCGUCUUUUCUUGGCUACGCUCGUGAAGUAUUCGAUAGAAUUCCUCUGCCAGAUCAAGCUCUUUAUAUCUCUUUCAUUUCAAGUUACACCAAACUUUCUUUGAAUAAAGAAGCUAUAAAACUAUUUGCUUCGAUGCAUAGCAGUCGUACCCAGAUGAGUAGUCGUGCUGUUUUGGCUGUUAUUAAGUCGUGUUCGGGGUUUUCAGGUGUUUCUGUGGGGAAACAGGUUCAUGGUUUACUGGUAAAUUAUGGGUUUGAUUUAGAUGUUUAUGUUCAGAGUGCUUUGAUGGAUUUUUAUGCAAAGAAAGGUGAUUUCUUUUCGGCAAGGAAAAUUUUUGAUGGGAUUUUGGUUAAGGAUCCUGUUUUUUAUAAUUGUUUGAUCUCUGGGUAUUCUAAGAUUGGUGAUGUAAUGGCAGCGGAGUGUUUGUUUGAUGAGAUGAAAGAGAAAACUGUUGCAUCUUGGAAUUCCAUGAUUUCGUGUUAUGUGAACAAUGGCUAUCAUGACAAAGCUUUGGAAAUUUUUGAAAGAAUGCAAGCUAACAACAUCCCUCCCAGUCAAAUUACUUUGGUGACUUUACUUUCUCUGACUGCUAAGCUCAGAGAUUUGAAAUUGGGGUUGAAAGUUAAGAAGCUUAUUGCUGAUAGCAACAUUUGUGUAAAUACUAUAGUUUUAACUGCAAUAGUGAAAAUGUUUGUGAAAUGUGGGGCUAUUGAUGAAGCUCGUGAAGAAUUCGAUCGGAUGCGUACAAGAGAUGCUCUUGCUUGGAGUGCCAUGAUUUCUGGUUAUGCACAAAAUAGGAGAGCAACAGAGGCUCUAGAGCUUUUUGAGUGCAUGAAAAAAGAGCAGAUUAGACCGAAUGAUGUUGCACUAGUUAGUGUUCUAUCAGCUUGUUCUCAGCUGGGUUCUGUAGAAGCUGGUGAGUGCCUUGCAGCCUACAUAGAAACUCAAGAUCUGGCGUCAAAUGUUUAUGUGGCCUCAGCAUUAUUGGAUAUGUAUUCCAAGUUUGGAAACAUAGCUAAAGCUCGUCAAGUAUUUGAUAAGAUGCCUGAGAGAGACAUUGUUAGUUGGAAUUCAAUGAUUGUUGGUCUAGCAGUUAAUGGUUUUGCAGAGGAUGCAAUAUUGCUUUAUGAGAAAAUGAAAGAAAGUGAAGUAAAACCAGAUGGUAUAACAUUUGUGGGGUUAUUAACAGCCUGCAGUCGAACAGGCCUUGUUGAAUUGGGUCUUGAGUUUUUUAGAAGCAUGGAAUUACAUUAUAGCAUUGAACCAAAGAUAGAACAUUAUGCCUGUAUUGUAGACCUCUUCUGUAGAACUGGAAGAUUAAAUGAAGCUUAUGAGUUGGUAUGUAGAAUGGAAAUGCAGCCCAAUGUGGUGAUAUGGGGUACGUUGUUAAGUGCUUCUAGAACCCACUUGAAUGUUGAGCUUGCUGAGCUCUGUGUUGAGAAGUUGCUAAUGCUCGAGCCUGAGAAUCCUGGGCACUAUGUUCUCCUUUCUAAUAUAUAUGCCAGUUUGGGCAGAUGGCAAGCAGCAUUGGAAGUGCGGAACUUGAUGAAGAAUAAGAGAGUGCAGAAAGUGGCUGCUUAUAGUUGGAUAGAACUGGAUAACACAGUACAUAAAUUUUUAGUUGGUGACACAUUUCACCCUAGAUCAAGUGAGGUCUGCAGCAUUGUUGAUGGAUUGGCUGUGCAGUCAAUAUAUGCACAUUCUGAUGUAGAUUUUAUCUUAGACAUCUAGUGAUUCUCUUCCUAAUCAGAUGAUGCCUGCUAGUGAAACUGUUAUAGUUGUUGCGGGUUGUACUUCAAAAAAUUUUAGGACAAUCUUUGAUUUUGUUGUCCCUCCUAAAAAACAAAAAGAAUGAAAUGGAAUUGAAAGAGGGUCUUGAUUGGUUGACCAUUUUAUGCACAAAUUGAAAUAAAAGAUAAUGCCGCUACAGACAAAAGUGUGUAAGGGGCUUCUUGACCUGGCAACAAGAAGAGGUGUCUGCUUUUGGUAAGUCCAGAUUAGGAUACCUGAGAUGCAAUAGACAUGUUUUAAUAUUUAUAUUGAAAUCCAACUUUCUAGAAGUAGUGUCAUUAGCUUGAGGAUUAGGAGUUCUUCACCAUGUUAAGCAGAACUAAUUCUUGGAAUGAUUCAGUCGAUGACUAUAAGUGAUACUGCUUUGGUUGAAAAUUUACCCAUCCUAGAGGAGUUGGAUAAAUGCUGCUUGUAAUAAUACAAGUGAUUAUUGUUUUGUGCUGUUGAAAGAGUUCAAGUUUUCUCUCAGAUUAUUUUUGUACAAGCAUCAGUGCAAGUGGUGGCAGGAGUAUUUGAACUAGUGGCAAGUCGUAUGAAAGGCAGAAGCUUCACCGCCAAGCUGGAGCUGCAGAUCCUUAAUACAUACGAAUUUUCCUCGUGCUAUGUGUGAGAACGAUGUGUAAGUGUAGCAUUUGGAUUGCAAAAACACGUAGACUCCAACUCUGGUUUUGGACCAUGUUUUUUGUAUGGUGUAGAUGAUGUUUUGCAUACAUUUCAGGACCGCCCCCUAAUUUGAUUGGACCAAGGGCAUGUUGGACUUUGAACGAGCAACCCCGAGAAAGAGUCAAAACACAUGAAGGGUGCAAUAGUCAUUCAACCAGGGGUAAUUUAGGCAGAAAGUUUAAAAAAUGCCGGGAAAUCGUUAAAAUCCCUUAAUAUGGGGACAAUUCAGUAAUUUAGUCCUAAGUCAGUGGUUCUUUGCUGGACAGUCGGAAAAGCGAAACAGCAGAGAAACGAAGGCCUAUAUGAUGCCUGGUUGUGGCUUGAAGGCUUGAGCUCCUAUUUAUU